UCCGCAAGGGAAGGGACUGGCCACCACAACCUUAACCACCAUCGCCACAACCAUCAUCAUCGUCAUGGAGUCAGGCAGCAGUAGCAGCAGCAAAGAGUAUGAUGUGAUAGUGUUGGGGGCUGGUGUUGAGGGAAGCUCGACUGCUUACAACCUCACCAAGAAUGGUGGGGGAAGAGUGUUACUACUGGAGCAGUUCUCUGCUCUACACACUAGGGGUAGCUCUCACGGUGGGUCCAGGAUCACCAGACGUGCCUACACAAAAGCAUACUAUAUUAAGAUGAUGGACGAGGCAUAUCGAAUGUGGGAUCAAAUAGAGCGAGAGGGAAAGACGCAACUCUAUCUCGAUACUGGUCUGCUUAUGUUUGGUCCCAAGAGUAGCCAUUGCCUGCAAGAUGCCAUCAGAUGUCUUGCUGAGAGUGGCACACCACACAACCGUCUCUCAGCCCAACAAGUGAUGAGCAAGUACCCCAGUCAGUUGUACCUCCCCUUCAAUCAUGAGGGAGUGUUUGAGAAAGAUGGAGGUCUUCUCAUGGCCACUAAAGCUGUGGCCACCCUGCAAAGGCUGUUCAUUGAGAAUGGUGGAGAGUUUUUAGAUGGACACAAAGUGAAGGAGAUCACUCCAGGUCCCAUCAUCAGAGUGACCACUGACCAGGGAGUCUUCACAGCUAGGAGACUGAUCAUCACUGCUGGGGCUUGGGCUCCUGCUAUCAUGGCCACACUAGGAGUACAUCUACCAUUCAAGGUGUGUAGGACGGAGGUGCUGUAUUGGAAGGCGGAGGAGCCUAAGGAUUUCUCCUGGGAGAAUUUCCCUGCGUUCAUCUGUUACACUGACAGUGAGGACCCUUACUACCAUGUCUAUGGACUGCCCAUCUACGAAUAUCCGGGACUGGUUAAGAUUUGCUUCCACACGAAUCACAAUGAGGUGGACCCUGAUGCAAGAGAUGCUCUCCCUGGCCCGUCCACCACUGACCUUGUGCGUCCAUUUGUCCAGCGGCACUUCAAGGGUGUGCAAACCACACCCAGUAUCUACGAGGCUUGCAUGUACACGGAAAGUCCUGAUGAAGACCCAGUGCUGGAUAGACACCCUCUCUACCCUAACAUCAUCAUGGGGGCGGGGUUUUCAGGUCACGGGUUCAAGCUGGCUCCAGUGGUGGGCAAGAUACUGACUGAGUUGGCCCUGGACCUGCCUUCAUCUUAUGAUCUGGCACCGUUUAGACUGGACAGAUUUACUUGGCAAUCUCCUGCCAAGUUGUAGCUUUUGUUAACUAAACUGUGUGGUCUAGGAGUGAUUUAUUUUGUAAUUAAAUUUUUAUUUUGAUAUAUCAAUCUCCUACUACGUCAUGUGAUCAUGGAUGAUACUUUAUUAUUAUG